AUGCAGAUCGACCCAGCGGCUCUGAGUCGAACGGACUCUGCAUCCGCCACCAUCACUUCAUCAAAAAGCACGGCUCCAAAUGGAAUAACGCAUAAAUCUACCAAAGCCCUGAUAUCAGUGCCGCGACUGGACCUGGAGCCUAUCUACACGGAACUGAAAGCCGCUAUCGGCCCCAAGUGGACUGAGUACAAGGAAGCCACCACGCUCUUUCUGUUAGGGCAGUUAAAUCAAGAUGAGCUCGCAUCGCGCAUCGAUCAGAUAAUAUGUGCCGACCAGAAAACCGAACACCUACACAAUAAUUUCGUAUGCGCGAUCAUUGGCAACCUCACAAGGGAUCUUCCCGAUCAUGGGGUCGCUAGUUGGGUAUCGGCGAACGACAAGCCGUCUGUUGUGUCGAAACCAACCUCUGGGGAUGCCGCCGAGCAGCGACUCAAAACGGAGAUCAUGCAGUUACCUCCAAGAGAUCGCAGGCGGAUUAAAGCAAUUCCAGAGCGCGAUCCUCAUGAGACAGGACGCAAUGAAUUGGAAGAGUACCAUUUGGCCAAACAGAUAAAGCUACCAAGCCAGGUCCCAGCAAGUGCGGGAGGCUUGAAUAUGACAAAUUGGGAACUAGAAGUUCGAAAGCGAUAUGCACAGCCAUUGGCAUCGGAGACCGGCGAAUUCCCAGAUUCUGAAUCAAUACACGCGCGGAUGACGCCUAUUUGCUACGAAGAGUCAGUCGUUAACGGUGCAGGUGUGGCAUGUGCCGAGUUCAUGGCAAUAGCAACGGAAACUUUCGUUAAGGAGGUUCUAUCAGUUGUCUUUUCCCGAACAAGAUCCAAUGGUCCAUCUGGUACUAUCAAUGGCAUGAUGAAACGGUCAUAUAAGCAACAACUUGAGCGGGAAGAGUUGGCCUUCACCCGUGGUGAGAUUGCCAAAGACGGGGCCACUGGGUUGCUUCCCGUCGAGGCCAAGGAAGCCAGCACUCGCAGCGCUCUUGGUGUUCGGGAUCUACGAUUGUCACUAGAAAUCGGAAGCGGAGUUCUGAGUCACAUGCCUUUACUUGUGGACCAGAUCAUGGGAGGCUAUCUCGAAGACGAAUUAGAAGCGGACAGGCGAGAGCACACUGAUAUAGAUAACACCCGCCCCCCGAGUGUGAUCGACGAAAUGGAGGUGGAUGAAAUAGAUUUAGGCUGGGAGGGCGCUACGCUGGGUGACCACGACCAACUAGGCACUUUACUAGAUGAGUGCUUAUCAAUGGCCUCAUAA